AUGAAGGCAGCAGUAGUGUUGGUGCUGGUAGUGACGGCGGCAGUGGCCAUCCCGGUCCAAUGGCUAGAGCUGGAGUCAGCCAAGACUCUGCAGAAAGGCCGUCUCGGAGACGUGUACAAGAACUGCAGUAAGUCAACGGACCCGCUGCACAUUAUCAGCUUGACCCUGAGCCCUGACCCACCAGAGAAGGGAAAGAAUCUGACCAUCUCUGUCGAGUAUGAUCUGACGGAGGAGGUGACCGGUGGAGAGAUCAAGGUGAACAUCAAGUAUGACUCGAUCAUACCAUAUGACAAAACCGUCGACAUUUGUGACGUACUGAAAACAGUAAAUCUAUCGUGUCCUAUUAAACCAGUCCAGUCCAGAUUCACUAUCUCCAAAGAAAUUCCCAGUGAUGUGCCUGGGGGACACUACACUGGAAGCGUAGUUGCAAGUGACCAGAACGGCCAGGAGCUGGCCUGUUUUGACCUUGACUUCCAUCUCUAAGACGAUCUAAGCUACUUUGUGUCGCAUGAGUCGACAGGUCUUUGUUUUUAGAACAGUUUUAGCCUAUUAGCUAUACCACUUCCUUGCACUAAGUGAGGGGGAUGAUGACAUUGUUGUUUGCAA